GCUCGAAGCUUUUUCUAUUCAGCUCCGAAAUCCAGCGAGUGUCCAGCCAUGCCAAAACGAAUACUUCCCCUGUCAACUCUGUGAAGCGUAGUGAUACUGGCAUAGCGUUAAGCGCCCCAAGGUGAACUAAGCUUAAGGUUACAACACAUUUGUUGUUUUCAUAUUUUUUUUAAUAUUCCUUGAAUAGAGUGAUUCGUUUUUGGAGCACUUGCUUUUUCUGCAUUGAAUUUGAGCGCAAUCACAACCUUUCACCAUUACUUCCCAAAGCAAAACAGACUUUUUAGCGCUUGCUUCUCGGACUCUCCAGAGGAAGCGUGUUGUUGCUGCUGUGGUUGGCAUCGUCAUGGUGUUAGCACUUAUCAUAGCGAUACCGCUGCUGGUCCAAGCAUCCAAGACGGACGCACACUACGAGAUGAUGGGCACCUGUAGGAUGAUAUGUGAUCCAUACAACCCCAAACCCAGCGCCAAUGCUCUGGAAGUCAUGCAGGACCUGAGCGCCAUCCCAUCCCCGGCGUUCUCGCAUGGGACUAAAGGCGAUCCAGGUCGUCCGGGGAAACCAGGACCGAGAGGUCCGCCAGGCGAACCGGGUCCACCCGGUCCAAGAGGACCGCCGGGGGACAGGGGGAACUCGGGGAAACCGGGUUAUCCCGGCCUUACCACGGGGGAGACGGCUAAAGGGACCGUGAGUAGCGCUAGGACCGAGAAUGGCGAGGACCGAGACUCCGCAAUUGGCGGCACAAAAAUCGCAUUUUACGUGGGUCUGAAAAACCCCCACGAGGGAUACGAGGUGCUAAGGUUCGACGACGUGGUGACAAACCUGGGGAACCAUUACGACCCGUCUACCGGCAAGUUCACGUGUGAAGUGUCCGGGAUCUACUACUUUACAUACCAUGUGUUAAUGCGUGGAGGCGACGGGACCAGUAUGUGGGCAGAUUUGUGUAAAAACGGUCAGGUCCGCGCCAGUGCAAUAGCCCAAGACGCAGACCAGAACUAUGACUACGCCAGCAACAGUGUAGUGCUUCAUCUAGACUCCGGGGACGAGAUCUACAUCAAGUUGGACGGAGGCAAGGCGCAUGGGGGAAACAACAACAAGUACAGCACGUUUUCCGGUUUCAUUUUGUAUCCGGACUAAAUCUAGACAUACAGGGAUGUGAACUCUACUAUAAUUAUUAGACUCUAUCAUACCUAGAGCAAGUUGCCCGUUGUCCGGGCGCCCCUGUAAGCGGUUGUGCGUCAUUUGUUUGUAUAUUUGUGGGGUUUGGGGAGCCAAGACAUGCCAUUCGCCCGUAUACAGAAGACAUUUCCGUGUGAUGUGGUGUAUUUUGCUUGAAAAUCUGUCUGUUUCCACUCAAGAUAUAUAGCCUAUUAAAAUAUAUACGUAUAAAAAAUAAGCAACAAAGAUGGAAGUAAGGAGUCAGACGUCAUAUUCAUUGUUCCACCAAGGUCCGUAUGUUACAAAAAUGUUUUAUGUCAUAUAAUAGCUUAUUCCAGUACACUACGUCCAUUGAAUAUAAGUAUUUCAAUAAAUUAUGUUUUCUAUUAUGUCA